AUCCCAAGGUUCAACUGACACAAACAUAGAAUUGAGUCGUAAUGUCGGACCUAUAGUACUCGAGUUCCACGAUAAACCGCAGAGCUGCGCAGUAGUCUACCCAUCUACGCCGCCUAGACUACUCCUAGUCCGCAGAGACCCAGUAUUAUUACCUCGUAAGAAGAGACUUUACGAGGCCCGACUAGUGAAUGCCGUCAAUACAGUCCUAGUCGAGGCGCAACUCAAAUUUCAAAAACCGAGUUUCAACCUACGCAAUCGCCGUCGAGAAAGGCUAAACAGGAUUGAACAACAUCCAUCCCGGCCAUUCCCUAUUGGCCGCUCAGGGUUAAAACCCUCAAACGGGCCGUCGGUCUAUAAUAAGCGACGCGCCUCGAACCAAGGAUAUAAUGCGGGGGGUUUGCUUGUCAACACGUCUUUGAUACUUGGUCCCCGCAUUGCUUGGCUACUCGUAUAA